CGUUCCACAUUCCCACGCUGCAACGACUACCACCAACCACCGGUCCACCACUUCCACUGGCCACCGCGCCGCGGCGCUCGGUCGAGGUCGAGAGGGACGAAGCUGAUGCCGCCGGCUCCCAGCCAGGGCAGCGCCCGCGGCGGCGGCGCGGCGACGCCGCCCAGCAAGCCGCAGAGCCCGCUGCGCAUCACGCACGACGGCGAGUUCUACGCGCGCCUGCUCACCAGGGAGUCGUCCCUGGGCAACCCGUCCUUCCGCUACUACGGCGCGGGGCCCGGCGCCGUGCCCUUCGUGUGGGAGUCGCAGCCGGGCACGCCCAAGGACGCCUACUCCUCCCGCAUGCUGGCCGCGGGCGCCGGCGCCCCCGUCAUCACCCCGCCGCCGUCCUACCACCUCCGCGGCGCGGCGUUCGGCCACAGCGCCCGGCGCCACGGCAAGGCCGGCGGCGGCAGCAGGAGCGGCUGCAGGUACAAGCUCAGGUGGAUAAAGGUCGGCUUCAUCGCCACCGUCUUCCGCCGCCUCGCCUUUGGUAAGUCCUGCAGGUCCUCGUCGUCGUCGGUCAAGCCCUCGCCGUCCACCCGCUGGCUCUUCUCCGGCUCCAACGCCGCCGAUGAAGCUCGCGACCAGGAGUACUGCGGCGGCUACGAGCCCGCGCCGCCGCCGACGAGGAUGAAGGGGGUGCUCCGCCUCGGCGUCCGCCCGAGCCCGUGGAUGGUGCAGUUCUGCAGCGGCCAGCGGGAGCAGGCCGGCUGGGUGUACGGCUGGCGCCCGUAGUCGCCCGCCGCCGGUCGCUGUCGAGCGAACGAAGCGAUUGUCCGCCGUCCGGCCCGUGCCAUGAAUGCAAGUGGUUGAUCGGGGCACUUCGGGGCGCCCUAAUUUAAGUGAUCUGUAGGAGCUAUUGUUCGUGCGUGAUGGAUGUUCCUGUUCGAUCCGGUGUCCGUCGCUGUGCUUGGAAGCAGGAUAAGGAUAAAGCUGUUCGUCAUUUCGGUCGUUUAGUGGCGUCGUGUUGCCAUGGCCGGGUAUAUUGUAUACACACGCAUCUUGUACCUGGUGUUGUCUAGCUACUGGUGGUGUA